AUGAUUGAAAUAAGUCUCAACACUAAGAAAUCCCAAAAUACUAAAACUCAACCAUUCCCAAAUCCACCACCACCAGUUUAUCAUAGAGCUCAAUCAACUACUUCAAUAAAUACAUAUCAUGGAAAUUCAAGUACUUCUACCCUUCUUAAUAAUAAUUCUAAUAAUAUAAAUUCAACACCAAAAAGACCUGGGGAUUAUUAUACAGCUAAAUUAUUAAAAAGAAGAUCUGAUGCUUCAACUUCAUCAUCUAUAAAUCAAGAUAAUUCUUCAUUAUUUUCAAUUCCUUCAUCUAUUCAUUCUUCAACUACUACUAUCCUGCUGCAAUUAUCUUCUCCAAAACCUCAAUUUCAAAGAUCUUUUAGUGUUCCUGCUUUACAAUCAAAUACUCCUAGUACUUCUACUACUUCUACUACUACAUGUACAAAUUCAAAACCAAGACUAAAUAGAUCAAAAUCAAGAUAUAUUUCAAGUGCUGAAUCUAAACAACGUGAAAAAUUAAGAAAACAAACUUUUGAUGAAGAAGUUGAUGAUGAUGAAAUUUCAGAUGAUGAAAGUUCCUUAAUUUUAUUUAAUGUCCCCCUUCAUAAUGAUUUAAUUUCAAAUAAUUUAUAA